GGGAGUGAAUGUUCCGGGUCAGAAACUGGACGGGAGAGAAAAUUAACUCCGGGACGAGACGGAAAAAACGAGAAUGCUGCCCGCCUGUGCACUGAGAUGUAGCCUGUGCUUUUUAAAUUAAACGGGAGUGAUUUUAACAGCGACGGAAAGUAAAGAACCAAGUACAGGGAAGAAGAAGAAGAAGAAGAAGAAGAAAACAGGUGCCUUCAAAGUAAAGUGAGACAACGACGGAGAGAAAUACUCAUGUUCGCCGCGACCUGACGAGCGUUAGCAAGCGUUGUUUACAGCUGGAGUUUCGGUGUUUAGUCGCUCGUGAGUAUCGCUCGGCUUGUUGUUUGACGGUGAAUUAAGUCCGGGACUGUCCCGUCGUAGCAAUCUGUUGCAUCCCUCCUUCCCACUCCUCCCCGUUGUUUGUUUAUUUGUCGCACGAGUACGAGAUUUAUUGCCGCCUCCCCCGUGAUGUUUCACUGUAUCCCCCUGUGGCGGUGCAACCGUCAUGUCGAGAUGAUCGAUAAACGCCACUGCUCCCUGCUCUAUGUGCCCGAUGAGAUUUAUCGCUACGGACGGAGUUUGGAGGAGCUGCUGCUGGAUGCCAACCAACUCCGAGACUUGCCAAAGCCAUUUUUCCAGCUGGUGAAGCUAAGAAAACUUGGCCUGAGUGACAACGAGAUCCAGAGACUUCCACCAGAAGUAGCCAACUUCAUGCAGCUCGUAGAACUGGACAUCUCUCGAAAUGAUAUUAUGGAAAUUCCAGAGAGCAUUUCAUACUGCAAAGCCCUCCAAGUGGCAGAUUUCAGUGGAAAUCCAUUAACAAGGUUACCCGAGACCUUUCCAGAGCUGCGGAAUCUAACGUGUCUUUCCAUCAAUGAUAUUUCAUUGCAAGUUCUUCCAGAAAACAUUGGAAACCUUUCCAACUUGAUCUCAUUAGAACUCAGAGAAAAUCUGCUCACAUUCCUUCCAGAGUCACUAUCGUUGCUUCAUAAACUUGAAGAGCUCGACCUCGGAAAUAAUGAACUAUAUUGUCUGCCGGAGUCAAUAGGCUGUCUUGUCAGCUUGAAGGACUUAUGGCUGGAUGGAAACCAGUUGGCUGAAGUACCUGCAGAGAUGGGCAGUAUGAAAAGCCUGGUGUGUCUGGAUGUGUCGGAAAACAAACUGGGGCACCUUCCCGAGGAACUGGGAUGUCUCCUGGCACUAACUGACCUGAUGGUGUCCCAGAACUUCAUCGAUGCUCUACCUGAUAGCAUUGGAAAACUACGGAAACUUUCUAUCCUGAAAGCUGACCAGAAUAAACUAACUUAUCUUCCAGAGAGCAUUGGCUACUGUGAAAGUCUAACUGAACUUGUGCUCACAGAGAACCAUCUACAGAGUUUACCAAGGACUAUUGGGAGAUUGAAGCGUCUUUCCAACUUCAAUUGUGACAGAAACCAGCUAAUGUCUCUGCCUAAAGAGAUCGGUGGCUGCAGCGGGUUGAAUGUCUUCUGUGUACGAGAGAACAGGCUGACGAGGAUACCGUCAGAGCUGUCCCAGGCCACAGAGCUGCAUGUGUUCGACGUCUCUGGAAAUAGGCUCACACACUUACCGAUGUCACUGACCACACUGCGGCUGAAAGCUUUGUGGUUGUCCGAAAACCAGUCGCAGCCUCUCCUCACCUUUCAGACCGAUGAGGAUCCCGAGACGGGCGAGAAGGUGCUCACCUGUGUGCUGCUGCCUCAGCAGCCAUUUGAGGCCGACAACAAAGGUUCUGAUAAACUUGCCCGAUUUGGAGCCCUGGAGAGCCUGGUAAAUGACAUGGCAGAUGACACGUGGGACAACAAAGCCGUGAACAGGAUCAGUGCCAUCCACUUCCUGGAUGAUGAUGAUGAUGAGGAGGAUGAUGAAAAGGGAACUCUACUGCGGCGAGCCACGCCUCACCCCGGUGAGCUGAAAACGAUGAAGAAGGCGGCCGAGAACCUCCGCAAUGACCUGAAUGCUGCCAAAGGCCUGGACUCCAACAAAAAUGAGGUCAAUAACGCUGCAGAUGGAGUGACAACGUCUGUGUGACCUUUACCUCAGAGAUCUGUUUGGUUUUUUUUUUACCUCCUGUGUCUCACCGUGUCGCCCUGCACAGCCCCUGCAGCCCCCAUUUUUUUCUUUUACCUACAAACCCUGGUGUGGCCUACCCCCCCUCCAAUUAAACCCUGGGACGCCUGUAACCUUGCUCCAUGUCCAGCCCUGUGUAAACGCGCGUUUGACUCCGUUCUACCCGGCCGCUGUGCCUUCCUCUUUUCAAUUAAUGUCCACAGCAAUAAUCUGCACAAAGACGCUUCUUUUAAAAGAUAUUUUAAAGAUUAAAUUUUUUUUUUUUUUUUUU